CUUCCGCAUUAUGCCUUCCUUAUUGAAAAAUGAAUCAGGUACUCCAAGCUAUGACUGGAGUAGUAAUCACGUGCAUCUUUAUAAGUUAUAUCGUGGAAUGACAGCAGCUGUCAUUCAACAUAUAAGUUUUAGUCAUUAUAGUCAGUGGAUAGCUGUCGUUUCGUCGAGGGGGACUUGCCAUGUAUUCAUCUUAUCCCCUUUUGGUGGUGAGGUUGGUCUUCAAACACAAAAUUCGGUUAGUGAUGGACCAAUCCUCUUACCAAGUCUAACUUCCCCGUGGUGGUCUACUUCAUCUUGCACAAUAAAUCAGCAUUCCUUUCCCCCACCAUCACCUGUCACCCUAUCUGUAGUAUGCCGGAUAAAGAAUAACAGCUCUGGCUGGCUGAACACAGUUACUAAUGCGGCAGCCUCUGCAACAGGAAAGGUAACCCGACCACCAACUGGUGCUGUUGCCGUUACUUUUUACAAUUCUUUUAUCCCGUCAUCUUCUGCCCAAUGCAGCAAGAUAGAAGAUUACUGAGAAGAUGGAGCUGAAGGCAGUGGUGAAUGGUUGACUGCAGAGGUGCUGGUGCUGCAAUAAAGUAAAGUGAAUUGAGGAGUACUCAGAUUCCUAAGCAGUGUAGCAGAUAUGUACUCAUAUUUGUAAGCAGUG